AUGAGGCAAAGAAAAAUUGUCUCCACACAGAAACAGAAUCAGUCAACUGGCCUUGACUUUCUGCAGCAACAACGCAUGUUAGCAUACCAGCAGAAUGACACACAACAGCGUUUACAUGGGCAGAACAUAAAUCUUUCAGGUCUGCAUCAUGUGCAAAUGAGGCAAGCACAGAUUUUCUCCACACAGCAACAAAUUCUUGAGAGGCAGUUGAACUCUUCACAGGAAGAGAGGAUGCAAAGGCAGCAAACCCAAGUGGAACAAUAUGAGCAGCAAACACAUCAAAUGGCAGGAAUGCCAGCUUCCAAAUUAUUAAGGGAAGGGGAAGUUUACCAAAGGGUCCAAACGCUAAGAUGCAAGUAUAUUAGAGAACUAACAGUUGUCUACCAAAGGCUCACAUAUUGUCUCCAGAACAUAGAUAUACACAAUAUCCAAAAACUUGAAGUAGUAAAGAGCUUAUAUCAGAAAGUCGAGAUUAUCCUUAAGAUGCUAAAUAUGGCAGAAUUCAACAUUACACCCAUUAUGGAGGAGCAGUUGGAACUACUUGAGAGGAAAAUCAGGUAUACUCUUCACCGAUGUAGACAUGAACAGCCUGUUUCUGCACUAGAGCAUGAGAAACUUUCUUCUGAUGUGCACGACAGGCGUCAAUUUGUGCAGCCUGAUUCUCGGACUCUUCAAGCUCAGACCAAUCAAGUUGAAAAGAAGCCACCACUGCAGACGAAAAAUCUUGAAUCUUCCGGUCAGCAAGUUGCUAAACAUACCUCUCAGAGUGAAAAGAAUAAUCUCUCAAUUCAUUUAGCAGAGGCUAGAACUCCUCUGAACUCAAUAACCUCACCUUCUAGAUCUUCUUCUUUGGCUCCCAAGGUUUCACUACCAGUGCCUGUUGAGUCUGAGAAACCUAUGUCAGAUACUCCAUCCCAUUUUAACGCUGGAAAUAUCGAAGAUGAGCAAGUAAAAGGUGCGCAAGAAGCCCCAACAUUAAGUACUCUUUUACUUGACAAGUCCAACGAUGACGUUCAUUCUAAUAAGUCCACAGUAGAUUCUAACGAGCUGCAGCCUAUACAGAAAUUGCUUAAGGUGGUAAACUCCAUGUCAUAUAAAGCCUUAGGUGCCUCUGCUUCAUACAUUGCUUCAGUAGUGUGUAGGACUGAUAGGAUGAAAAUGAAGAGACCGAGAAGUACAUUGCCAAUUAUUGAUGCUGCUUCAGAAAGUGGGAUCUGUCAUAUGAUGAAAAGGCCUAGGCUUGAGGUUAACCAAACCCUCUUCGAAGAAAUUAGAGCAAUCAGCCAACGACUAAUAAACACUGUGCUAGAUAUCAGUGACCAAGAGACUGCUCGAUCAGUUAAGACUGGUAGAGGAACCGUUGUCAGGUGCUCCUUCGUUGGCGUAGCCAUCAGUCUUGAUCUGAUGUCUUCAACAAUGUUUCAACUCCAGCCAUUGAGAUUGCUUGUGCCUCCAAGUUAUCCACUCUGCUCUCCUAUAUUUCUGGACAAGUUGACAGUGCAAGUUGGAUAUGAACCGGAAGAUCUCUCUGCAAAGGUCAUGUCCAAGCUAAGUCGCUAUCUCCGGACAAUAGAGGAGCCGUUAUCUCUUGGGGAGAUAGCCAACGAUUGGGAUACAUGUGCCCGAGAGGUUUUAUGUGAGCAUGCACAACAGAUUGGGGGAGGAACCUUCAGUUCCAAGUAUGGAACCUGGGAAGAUUGCCUCACUACUGCUUAA